UGGCGGCAGCAGGUGGAGGGCGCUGUGUUGUUCGGUCAUGGCGUCGGAGAAGCCGAUUGUGGCCGUGACUUGCACCGCGCCGGUGAACAUCGCUGUCAUCAAGUACUGGGGAAAGCGAGAUGAGGAGCUGAUCCUGCCCAUCAACUCCUCUCUGAGUGUCACUUUGCACCAGGACCAGUUAAAAACCACCACGACGGCUGCCAUCAGCAAGGACUUCGCCGAGGACCGGAUUUGGCUAAAUGGCCAGGAGGAAGACGUGGGGCAGCCGCGCCUGCAGGCCUGCCUGAGGGAGAUCCGCCGCCUGGCCCGGAAGCGGAGGAGCAGUGGUGAUGAGGACCCGCUGCCCCUCAGCGUCAGCUACAAGGUCCACGUCGCGUCGGUGAACAACUUCCCCACAGCCGCAGGCCUGGCCUCCUCGGCAGCGGGCUAUGCCUGCCUAGCAUAUGCCCUGGCUCGAGUCUACGGGGUCGAGAGUGACCUCUCGGAGGUGGCUCGUCGAGGCUCGGGCAGUGCCUGCCGGAGCUUGCAUGGCGGCUUUGUGGAGUGGCAGAUGGGGGAGCGGGCUGACGGGAAGGACAGCGUCGCCCGACAGGUGGCCCCCGAGUUGCACUGGCCCGAACUCCGAGUCCUCAUCCUUGUGGUGAGUGCCGAGAAGAAGCUGAUGGGCAGCACGGUGGGCAUGCAGACCAGUGUGGAGACCAGCCCCCUGCUCAGGUUCCGGGCCAAGGCCGUGGUGCCGGCACGCAUGGCAGAGAUGACCCGCUGCAUCAAGGAGCGGGACUUCCAGGGCUUCGGCCAGCUGACCAUGAAGGAUAGCAACCAGUUCCACGCCACCUGCCUGGACACCUUCCCGCCCAUCUCUUACCUCAGCGACACCUCCAGGCGCAUCAUCCACCUGGUGCAUUGCUUCAAUGCCCACCACGGGCAGACCAAGGUGGCGUACACAUUCGAUGCGGGCCCCAACGCCGUGAUCUUCACCCUGGACAACACCGUGGCCGAGUUUGUGGCUGCAGUAAGGCACAGCUUCCCCCCCAAGUCCAACGGAGACAAGUUUCUGAAAGGGCUGCCCGUGAGGCCUGCCCCGCUCUCAGACGAGCUUAAAGCUGCACUGGGCAUGGACCCCACCCCGGGAGGCGUCAAAUACAUCAUAGCCACUCAGGUAGGGCCUGGGCCUCAAAUCCUGGACGACCCUCACGCUCACCUCCUGGGUCCCGAUGGCCUGCCGAAGCCAGCUGUUUGACUGCCUCCUCGACGGGAGCCCCGGCUGCUGCUUGGGAAGGGGACGCUUCGCUGGGACUGGGGAACCGGGUGUGGCAGCCGACCAGGCUGUGCUUGUUGGGACUUGUGGGUGGCCGCCUGGCUCCGAGCCGGGCAAUGUGCUGUGGUUGAGUUGGGGCAGUGGACUGGCCACCUGCAGUUGUCCAGGUGGUGAGGAGCAGCCCUGCCCCCUGUGCCUCACCCUUCCCAGCCUUCACCCAGCCCUUUGCCAAGAUGAGAGCUGGGAGGGGAGCUGGGAGCAGCUCAACACCUGAGGACCAAGCCAGCUGGGAGUGGAGCUGCCAGGGGAGCAUCCUGGGGAAGGGGUCUCUGGCCCCGCGCUCUGGGCUGCUCCCACUGCCCCGGAACAGCAGCUCGAUCAUUGGCGAUGACGGGGAGUCAGGCGUCCGUCCUCGGAGCCGGAGGACAGGUCACUGUGCAGGGAGCAGCCUCCACAGGCCUCCAGAAACCUCCACCAAGUGGUUCCAGCAUGAUGGCCGCCAGGGCUUCUCUGCCAGGCUGGGGGCCAGACCUUGAGCUUGGGCCACAAGGUGUGGAUGGAACGUUUCUCUAUAAGAAGGCCUGUAGUGUGCCUCGGGCGGGAGGUGGGAGAGCAGCACCAAGGUUCCAGCAUCCUCUGGGAGCCCCUGUGGCCGGCCACUGGGAAUAAAGCCAGCGUGGGUGACUUCCUGCUGGUGCUUCUGCUUGGUUCCUGCGCAGUGUUCCGGGGUCCCUGCUCUGAGGGCCUGUGCCGGGCAGUGGGCAGCACUCACCCAGAGGACCAGGGAGGGCCUGGGCAGCGCCUCCCCUCCUGCUGUCUUCUGCCCCUUGAGCUCCCCUUCAGUUACCCAGCCGUUCGCCCCGCCCACUUCCUAAAGAUCUGCGCGGGCGGGCGGUGGAGGAGGAGCUAGGCACCUGCCCUCCCACCCGCCUCUCCCUACUCCCCUGAGGGUCGGAUGCCCCAGGGCGGGUGAGGCUGCUGCCUGGAGCGGGUUCUGGUCUGUGACCCUGAAUGAGGC